AUGGACAACAGCGUGGAGACCACGACAACCCUGCGUGGUCGUCACACCAAAGUCCCGGCGAAAUACCAGCACAACAGGUCUCUCGGGGCUGCUGUCGGCGGUGGCGGCUUGUUGUCCAGCACCCCGAACCCUCUGCCUGGCUUCAAGGGGACCGCUCGUUCGAACACGGGAGGGGCUUCCGACACCAACACGCAGAGCGAGGGCGUAGCUGGGGGGCCCGGUCACGUGGCGCCCACUGCUUCUGCGCAGCAGAGAACGGGGAACAGCGACAGCGAGUCAGAGGACGAUGACCGUGGCCGACAACACGGCAGGGGAGCAGGCGGAGCUGACGGAGGCAGCUCGAGCGGAGCUGGCGGGGGAAGCUCGGGCGGAGCUGGGGGGGGCCGGUUGAGCCGAGCUGGCAGCAGCGCGGCGGUCGAGUCGGUGGCAAGGACCAUGCGUCAGCUUCAAAGCUCGCUGAAUCGCAACCGCAACAAGAGCUACAACAAGUGGUCGGCUUACCUGCUCAGGGAAGCCUGCGCACUGCGGAGGCUCAGCGGCUACUCGAGGUCAAAAGACACAGACAAGAUGGCAGCGGGGUUGACGCAGCUCGACAUCGUCAUGAGCAGGAGCAGUCCGUAUCUCGCUGACUUGGAGGACAAGGCAACAGGUGGAACGCCACCAUCGAAGCCGCCAGCAUCUAGCGCGGAGGCGCAACGAGUUCCUCAAAACCUCAUCACAGCGGUACGCGCUGCAAUCCGGAGUGGACUCAGCCCCGAGCCGAACAAGAUGUACGACUGUGAUGGCAAGUCGUACACGGUCGCCGCCAUCAUGGCGGCGAUCAAGGAGGAAGAUCGCGCCGAUGGGCGGGGCGAGGGCAUCGGACAGCGGAGGAAGAGCAAGCACUGCGUCCCUCGCUUUUGUGAACUUCUGAUGCAUCCGCAGUUCAGGGAGAGGUUUGGCGCCAGUAGGUUGCAGCUGAGCAAGAAGGAGCUGGACGCCAAGCAGAAGGGGACGACCCGGGACAUCCAUCUCGAGAUUUGGGAGGCGUUCAAGGACGAAAAGUUCAAGGUGAGCAACGGAGAGAUGUUUUCCUUCUGCAAGGAAAGGUUAGACACAUACUACUUCUGGCUGACGGCCGAGAAGUGCCCUGACAUCCUGGCCGUGUGCGACCAGAUGCUCCCCGACGGCACCGCGAGGGAGAGUACGGGGGUGGAGACCGCGGGAGACGGACACAGUGGUGCCCAGGGCGCUUCGGCGGAUGCUAGUAAGCGGAAGGUCGCGAAAGUGGAAUCCAGGGAGAGGAACGUGGGCGUCAGUGGCCACCAGGAGAAAAAGAAGAAGCAGGACGCGCAGAUCGAGAACACGGCGAAGGUCGCUAUGUCCGCGGUGAAGGGGGAGCUCGGCCUUGACGCCCUGUUCGGAACGUCGUCCGCACCCACGUACGCCGACGCCCCGACAUCCUUCUACGACACGAAGGAGGGGUUAGAGAACAAGACGGCGAAACUCGAAUAUAUCGCCAAGCUCCGCAAAGAACUCCAGGAAAUCAAGGAGGACAUCAGGAAGGAGAAGGAGCUGGGUUCGGACGCUGACGAAGAAGAUCUACAGCUCUUGCGGGACUGGGCGACGACCGUGAGGGCCCAAAUCAGAAAAGAAACGGCGGCAGCUAGUGAGGAUGGCUAGGUAGCCGGCACGUGGGUGCGUGGGGCGCGGGCGGUUAGCACCUAUCUGUUGUGGAUGGCGCCGGCUGUGCUGGUGUCUUCUCAAUACUUUUUAACUUCCUCCAAUAUCACGUGUGACCAAUACCAUGUUUGGUGGGGUCUUUGGCUGCAUCUUGACGUAGAGAUGCAUGUUGGCGUAGCCUUUUAUUUUU